AUGGCAACCUUUAACAAUGGUCAAUUCCCUGCGAAUCUUCCAGUCUUGGAUGGAAAGAAUUAUGAUAAUUGGAGCAAACAGAUGAAAGUCUUGUUCAAUUAUCAAGAUGUGAUGGAUCAAGUGAUUAAUGGUGUGGAAUCACUCACAGAAGGUGCAACAGAGGUUCAAAGAACACAACACAAAGAAUUGAAGAAGAAAGAUUACAAGGCAUUGUUCAUAAUUCAUCAAAGUGUAAGCCCUGAUAUCUUUGAAAAGGUUGGAGAUUGUGAAUCAGCCAAGCAAGCUUGGGAUAUCUUGGCUACAGCUUAUGCUGGAGAUCAGAAGGUGAAGAAAGUGAAGCUACAAACCCUAAGAAGCAAGUUUGCACAGCUACAAAUGGAAGAGAAAGAAACUGUAAGUGAAUUCUUCACUAAAAUUGCAAAAUUAGUUAAUGAAAUGAAAGCUUGUGGAGAAAUUGUGUCUGGUACAAUGAGAGUAGAAAAGAUAUUGAGAUCUUUAACUCCUAAGUUUGACUAUGUGGUAGCUGCAAUAGAAGAAUCUAAGGAUCUUGACACUAUCAAGGUUGAGGAACUGCAAGGGUCUUUAGAAGCACAUGAGCAAAGGAUGAAUCAGAGAAAUUCUGAUAAAUCCAAUGGUGAGGUAGCAUUACAAGUUCAGCAGGGUAACAAGAAUAAGAAAGGAAAGGGAAAAUGGCAAGGCAAUAAGGGAAAAGAUAGUUAUCAGAAUGGAAAUGGAAAAGAGAAUCAAGAUACCAAAGGAGGUGGAAAUCAGAAGAAACAGUUCAAUGGUGGUAGAGGUGGUUACAAUGGAGGUGGAAGAGGUGGAAGAAGUGGCAGAGGUGGAAGAGGCAAGUUUGAUAAGAAACACAUACAAUGCUAUAAUUGCCAAAAUUAUGGUCAUUUUGCAGAUGAAUGUAAAUUCAGAGAGGAAUCAAGUGAUGCUGAGGCCAAAAUUGCUAGAAAUGAUGAUGAUGAUGAAGGCUCAGUUAUGUUUCUUGUAACUACAAAAGAUGAAAGUGAUCUUCAAGAGAAAUGA